AUGACUUUUCUCGCACUCAUAUCACUUAUCACCUCUCCACUCACUUUUGAUCUACAAAUCAAUGGUCCCUCAUCAAAUCCCGCCCCAAUUAUUCUGACAACACCAUCGAAAAACCUAUCGUUAUCUGUCCAUGAUGGUCAUAUCUACGCAGAUUCUAUUCCUGUAUCAGCUAUCACUGAAAACGAGACAACCUCAUUCUCACUGAAAUGUAUCUCUCACAUUUCACUUCAUUUCCAGUCUCCACAUGCUAAUUCUCUCGUUUAUUCACCUACAUUAUGCUCGGCACCCAAUAUUGGGCUCACGAUCAACGAGACCGCUCUGAAAGGAUGUAUGUUCGAUAUCACUCAAUCCAACUCGAUCAUGACUCAAAGGAUAUGUGGAAUCGACUCGAAAAAUGCUGCGAAAAAUCCAGAAAAAGGACCGAUAUAUGUCGCGGAACCAGUUGAACUAAACGAAGGAGGAUCAAUGCCAUUACAAUGGAAAAAUGUGUAUUUUAUGCCGAGUAGUCAGGAAGUCAACGUUUCACACACUGAUAUCUUUUUCACGAUAGUAGAAAGUGCAAAACAUGGAGAAAUUCGGAUAGAUGACGUGGUCACAAGUUCGUUCACAUAUGCACAACUGCUAGCGCGACGAGUCAUUUAUAAGCACGAUGGAACUGAAAGCAGAGAGGAUCGGUUGUCGUUUCAGAUCGAAUUCGCUGUGAAACACAAAGAACUCGCAUCCGCCGAAUCGAAAACUUACACUCUCCGAAUCAAAAUCAACGGAGUGAACGAUGCACCAGAACUAGUGAAAAGAUCAAAGGAUGAGAAAUUAUUGAUUGCUUCGAAAGGAAGUCGAGUCAUCACGAAUGAGAUUCUUUUGUUGACUGAUGCAGAUGAUAGACCAGAGAAAGUGAGAGUUCAAGUUGUCGAAUCGAAUGGAGUGCAUAUCGAAGUACACGGACAGAAAGUCAAUGAAUUCAGUCAUAAACAGUUGAUUGAGGAGAUGGUUUCGUUGGUUGAUGAGGGCACCGAUUUGGGAAGUGGAAGGAUUCGGCUGAUCGCCAGAGAUGGAGAAGCUAGAAGUGGAGUGGUGAUUCUGGAGACUCAAAGUACAAAAGUAGACGUGAAGCUGGUUCACAAUACCGGAUUAAAAUUGCUACACCAUUCGAAUUCUCUAAUUACAAAUAGAGAUCUCUCUUUCGAAGCCUCGAUCAAAGACAUGAUUGUCGCGUAUCGAAUCGUCGACAUGCCAGAUACAGGAGUCGUUGAAUGUCUUCAAGAGAAUGAUGACAAAUUCAGUAUGUGCACAACAUUCACUCAAUCACAAGUGAAUGAGGAGCAAGUUCGAUUUCGGCAUACUAGUCAGAGCUCGUCUCCGAGUGAUAUGUUCAGUUUUCAGGUGGAAGCAGGAGAGUUCGCCUCGAUGGUCCACGUCUUCCGAAUCGAUUUCAUCCCAAUGAACAUCAAAGUUUUCACUCGUGAACCUUUCGUUCUGAAUGGAACUGAAAUAAUGUGGAUCAGCAGACCGAAUCUAUUCUCUUGGACGUUUCCCAAAAGUUUCUCUGCCCAUAAUCUCGUUUAUCAUAUCGAUGAACCACCGAAAUUAGGUACUCUUUCAAGAAAACUGCCAGCUGGAAAACAGAGAAGAAUCGGAGUUUCAUCGAAUUUCACUCAACAGGAUAUUGAUGAGGGAUCGAUUAGCUACAAACUACACUAUCAACAGUACUCGAUUGUCAAUGAUUUCUUCGUUUUUCGAGUUGUGUCACCUGCUGUUUCUUCGCCACUCCUCAGAUUUGAUAUCGUGUACGUCCCCAAAGAAUCGUCUAUCCGACUCGUCAACAAGACCAUUGUUGUAAAAGAAGGAGAGAUUGCAUCGAUCACCUCCGAUUUCCUCUCCCUGUCGACCCCCGAUGACUCCAACUUUAUAUUCCGUGUAGUCUCCCCAACUCUCCACGGUCAAAUCCGUCUUCAAAUCGGUGAAAUUCUAAAGAAAGACUCGAAUUUCACGAGUGACGACAUUUCAAAACAUCGUCUAACCUAUUCUCAUUCUGGAGAUGAAACUCGGUCGGAUGAGUGUCGGCUCUUGGCGAUUUCUCGUCAGAAUCCGAUGAGACAAGUCCCGUUGACAUUGAGUUUCUCGAUUAUUCUUCUGAAUGAUAAUGCACCAAAAUUGGCACAGAAUGUCACCGUUUAUAUGGUGGAACGAGGAGAACGAGUCCUCCACCCCUUCCUCCUGCCUUGGAUCGACGAAGACGUUGAUGCAUCAGCCCUACUUUUUGACUUCACUCAAAACAAGGAUGCUGCCAUUUUAUCUACAGUAUCCCCAUACCUCCCACUGACUUCUUUUACUCAACACGAUAUUGACGAGAGGAAAGUGAUGAUAAGACAUUUGGGACAUCAUGGAGAGUUUUAUAUUGGAUACACCGUAAGCGACGGAGCUCAUCGUGUCGAAGGAAAAAUGCACGUUCUCGCAGCCAAACCAGAUGUUUGGAUAGAGAAGUCAGAAAUUGUGAUGAUCUGUGGAGCACACUUCCCUCAAACUAUCAGACUCUCCUCGAACAAUUUGACGGUUCUCACCAACUUGGAUGUCCGGCUGGAAGAUAUUGUAUAUUCCAGUAAUACGUCCAGAUUUUCCGUUGGAAGUCAACGGAAAUCUGCACGAGGAUUUAGUCAAAGGGAGAUUGAGAACGAGUCAGUUUGGUAUUCAGUGCCAAAUGAGAAUGCGGUGGAGAAGUUGAGAGUGGCGGUGGCGGAUAGGAAUUUGGAAGUUGAGCUCCGUGUCCGCUGUGAAAACUCCCGUGACUCGUUCACCUACCAACAACAUCGUAUGCUACGUGUUCCAGUUGGUGGAGCGGUUCUUAUCGAUAAAACUCUUCUGGAAAUUGCUAUGAUUGAUGCAGAACCUCCGGUUAUUUAUCAAGUUGUGAAGCACCCGAGUUUCGGAUACUUGUCCUUGGAUUACGAAAAGAGCUACUCGUCCCGAGUCUCCAGAUUCACAGAUAGUGACGUGUCAUCUGGAAGUGUGCAAUAUGUUCAUAAUAAUGCGGAUCAUUCAAAUGAUUCAAUAGAUUUUCAAGUUUUGAUUAUUUCGAGGAAUCUAAGUUUUCAUCUCAAGUUGGAUAUCGAUGUGUUUCAGAGAAAUAUCACCAUCUCCACAUCUCUCUUCUCUGUCCCUGCUGGCGGUCGUGCUCCAAUCACCACAAAUUUCCUCAAAGUAUCGACAAGUGAAAAUGAAGAAGCGGUGAUUACUGUAGUCUCACCACCAACUUCCGGUUGGGUCACAACUGACAGUGUUCAUAAUAUCACUAGUAUUUCAUCGAUUGGAACAUUCACCACUCGAAUGAUUGAAAAUGGACAAGUCUGGUUUAUCUCGGAUGGAUCUCAGGGAAAUGAUAGUAUUGGAGUUCAAGCAUGUGUUCAGGAUCAGUGUACGGGCACUCAUUUGAUGCAGAUUACAGUGACCAGGAUUAAUGAAAAAGGACCUGUUAUGAUUCGAAACGAGGUGUUGAGAGUCACUGGGAACAAGGCAUUGAUUACGAAUAGUCAUCUGGAUGUAGAGGACACGGACACGCCUACCAACUCGAUCACCUACAUCAUUGCACAACCAUCGAAUGGAAGAGUUGUGAAAACGGGACACAUCGAAGAAGUCAUCACAAACUUUACCCAAUUCGACAUUGACCAAUCAAACGUGGCAUUCUUGGCAACCAACCACAGUAAUCCAUUUGGAGGAUUCUCGUUUCAUGUCACUGAUGGAAAGCAUAAGAUCGGUCCCGAAUGGUUCUCCACAGAACUAUCAUCCAGUUCCAAUAUUCUCGAAGCAAACGGACGUCUAGUUGCUUCUCCAUCCUCAGCUACCGUAAUCGGAACCGAACUUCUCCGUGCCAACAUGCCGGGUACACGUCCAGAUGAAAUCGUGUUCACUAUUCUGAAGCCUGCGAGAUUCGGAGAAGUUCUGGUGGAUGGGAUCAAGAAUUCUGUGUUCACGCAGUUGCAGAUAAAUCGUCGUCAAGUCGUCUAUUCUGCAAUUGGAUACUCGGAUCAGAACGAGUGGAGUCGGAGGGAUUCAUUCUCUUUCAGAGUGCACAAGAAUAAUUCCGCACAGUUUUUGAAUACAAAUGAGAAAUUCCGAAUCACCACAACGUACGCCGCAAUCUCUGACAAAGUACUCUCCAAAUACAUCACAACUCGCCCGCUAAUCGUCUCUCGUGGUGGAUCUGCAUGUUUCAAUCAGUCACAUUUGGAUGUGUCAGCUCUAGCUGAUGCAGUCGAUAAGGAGGUUAGUUUGGGCAUUGUAGAUCAUAGGAAAUAA